AUGCCCCAUGACAAUGUGAACGCCUGCAAGGAGGUGUUUGGGAAGCUCAAGGACAACCACAUGAUGUCCCCCACGCUAAUCCAGAUCGACCAUGCCAACCCCUGGUCUGUGUGCAGUGCAGCCAUCAUUACAGACUUCCUGGACAGAGGCCACGGUCAGUCAGCCACUCAGCUCGGUCUCUGUCAAUUGCAGCUGUCAUACAAUGUGCGUGUGCGUGUGAGUUCUGCCUGUGUAAAUUAUAGCUGUCAUAUAAAUGUAUAUAUGCCCCCCACCCCCCCUUGAAAAAGAUCAGACUUUGUUCUCACCCUUGUAGCAACUCUAAACAGUUUGUACUAUUGGAGUUCUUGAACGGGGCCAUGCAAAUUAGCAGUAAUAGCACUGGAGUUCAUGGGCCUCUCAUGCCAAAUACUGUCCCUGUUCAACAUCUGCAUUAGCUGACUGAGACAUAUAUAGAGCUCCAACGCUUGUUUAAUGUUUAAAAAAAAUACAAACAUUUCUUGCACAGGUAUUUACACUUAUUUGGGCUGGAAAACAUGAUUACGUAAUGGUUUACAAAUCUUGAAAAAACGGAUUAAGAGGAGUGAAGACUGCUUUGUUCAACUGCAAAGGAAUGUUGAAUAACAGCGCAGAGAUAUUGCUUCAUAUGACAACACCUGUCACUCUUGAGCAGAUAUAAACCAUAAAAAUCUAUUUAGCCUGGCUGAUAUCUUGACUCUGUGGUUGUUUUUCUUCAAAAGGGGACUGUCUUCUGGAUCAGCCCCAAAAGCUGCUGGCUCUGCCUGAGAGCCUCCCAGGCACCAACUACAGCCUCCACCGCCAGUGUGAGCUGGCCUUCGGUACGGGCUCCAAGCCCUGUCCCUACAUGCAGCACUGCUCCAAGCUGUGGUGCACGGGCAAGGCCAGAGGCCAGCUGGUCUGCCAGACACGUCAUUUCCCCUGGGCCGAUGGCACCAGCUGUGGCAACAGUAAGCUCUGCUUCCGAGGGGUGUGCACCGACAAGAACAACACCACUAAGACCAAGGUGAACACACUCACUGCCAGUGUUCUGAUCUGCUUAGUUAUUAUUGAUAUAGAUGUUGAUAGAGACUGAUCUCACAAUGAAUACAAUGAUGUCACAAUCUAACAACAAUAAAACAUUGAUAUCUUAAUAAUAUGUACUGGAAACUAUAUUUCUAAAUGUAUACUACAAUGUAACUAUAGGUUCUCCUGGUAAUUUAGAGUUCAGCUUCUAAAUGUGUGUAGUUCUCCUACAGGUGGAUGGUGGAUGGGGGGCAUGGGGUGUGUAUGGGUCGUGUUCCAGAACCUGUGGAGGAGGAGUUCAUCUGGCCAAUAGAGACUGUAACAACCCUGUUCCAGAAUAUGGGGGAAAAUACUGCCAAGGACUCCGUGUGAAGCAUCGCUCCUGCAAUUUGGACGCCUGCCCAGAAUCAGGUAGAAUUCAUUGUGAAGUUUUAAAUAAUCCUUAAUUACAUUAUUUCGAAAACUGGAAGCAUUUUGCUUCCUUACCACAAUAAAUUAGAUUUGCUGACAUGCUAAUAUGUAAAAAUACGCUAAAUGAAACCUGAGUGUGAAACAAAGGUCCCACUUUAAAAUUACAAUUUGAAGUGUUAAAGAAAGCCGUAAGUCCUUGAUAAAGCUUAUAUAGAAGCUUCAGAAAUAAUUAAUAAGCAAAUGUCAUGUUAUAUGAACAGUGGCAAAAGAUAAUGUCACAAUUGGCAAAGCACCAGAUGUAAUCAACACGUUUCACUGCACCUAUCUGACAAUAUUUAUUUUACUUUUUGUUUACUUUUUUGGUCAAGCGUGUAUGUAGUGCUCAUGAAGACUUUAUGAAUGUCCUAUAAAGCCUUUAUAAGUUGCUUCAUUAAAGGAUGACCAACAUUUUUUUUUACAGAUGUGUACUCGUAUGGAUCCACGUUACUAAUAAGCAUACAAUCCAUAGGCAAAAGCUUCCGUGAGGAGCAGUGCGAGGCGUUCAACGGAUUCAGCCUCAACACCAACAGGCUCUCAGCGUCUGUGGUGUGGGUCCCCAAAUACUCUGGAGUGUCACCCAAGGACAAGUGCAAGCUCAUCUGCAGGGCCAACGGAACAGGCUACUUCUAUGUCCUUGCUCCAAAGGUGAGUACCUGCAGACUGCAGUAGCAACCUGCUGAAGAAUGUUGAGAAAGGCUGUUGAGAAAUACACUUCUCCUGACCUGCAACAACAGAUUCCACCAACAAACAACAAACGGUAACACUUUACUUGACACCCAGUGUCAUAAUAUGUCAUAAUAUGUCAUAACAGCUGACAUAACUUGUCAUAACCUGUCAUAAUAUGGUCAUAACACUGUCAUGACACAUAUUUACACCUGUUGUGAAAUAUAUUGUGUUAUUUUAUGGCUGGUUAUGACACCUACAUAAGAGUGUCAAAACUCAAAUGUAUUCUAAUGUGGGGGUUUUUCCCUGCCAAGAAGUUUGCUUUCAUUUGAAAGUUUGCUUCUUAAAUCCUUUGUUGGAAUGAAUUAUUUACAGUCAUGUUUUUACAUCAUAUUUUAAAUAACUUGUAGAAAAUACACUUUAUGACACUGUCAAGAAGCAUUAUGACCAUCAUAAUCAUAUAAGUCAGAUAGGCCUAUCACAUACAUGCCCUUAUAUCAGUCAUCAGUCACAAAGAGGGUGUCUUGUCCUGCUCCUGAAAUCUACUCCUGCGUUCAUCCCAGAGCAUUGGGCUCGGUGCAUGUCUGACAUCAAUGUGUAUGCAAUUACAAUGAUAUUUUAACAUUGUCUAUUUAAAAAAUAAAUAAACAUAAACAUACUGUUGACAUGUAGGCUAUGGUGUAAUGGAAUGGUAGGUUUUGUGGGUUUUGACACUCUUAUGUAGGUGUCAUAAAUAGCCAUAAAAUAACGCAAUAUAUGUCACAACAGGUCUAAAUAUAUGUGUUAUGAAAGUGUUAUGGCCAUAUUAUAACAGGUUAUGACAAGUUAUGUCAGCUGUUAUGACAUAUUAUGACAUUGUUAUGAUCGUGUCAUAACAUGUUAUGACGCUGGGUGUCAAGUAAAGUGUUAGACAACAAACACUGUCUGUCUCACAUUUGGUGAUCUAAUGACAGGUGGCACUGUCAAUGAAGAGUUAAACGCAAUGUUGUAGGCUACAACCAUUGUAACCAAACUAAGGCAUAAGUCAUGUUUUCUAUGAAGUGUGUGAAGCGGAAUGGCAGUCAGCUUGAUUACAGUAUCUAUCUCUCUGAUAUAGGGAAGUGUAGAGUGAGAGAGUGCAGAGGUACCAGUCACGGCAAAGAGAGAGAACGACAGAGAGAGAGAGAGAGAGAGAGAGAGAGAGAGAGAGAAUGUGAGAGAGAAUGUGAGAGAGAGAGAGAGAGAGAGAGAGAGAGAGAGAGAAAGAGAGAGGAUGUGUGUGAGAGAGAGAAUGUGAGAGAGACAGAAAGAAAGAGAGAGAGAGAGAAUGUGAGAGAGAGAGAGAGAGAGAGAAUGUGAGAGAGAGAGAGAGUGAGAGAGAGAGAGAGAGAGAGAGAGAGAGAGAGAGAGAGAGAGAGAGAGAGAGAGAGAGAGAGAGAGAGAGAGAGAGUAAACUUGGCAGUAGAAAGCCAAAACAUUAUAUUGGACCUUUCAGCUUCCCUAUCAAAUCUAAAAACAUAUCAAGCAGACAACCUAAGAAUAUUUAAAACAAUGACAAAUGGUUUGAUGAAGAAUGCAAAAACCUAAGAAAGAAAUUGAGAAACCUAUCCAACCAAAACCAUAGAGACCCAGAAAACCUGAGUCUACGCCUUCACUAUGGUGAAUCACUAAAACAAUACAGAAAUAUACUACGGAAAAAUAAGGAACAGCACGUCAGAAAUCAGCACAAUGUAAUUGAAGAAUCCAUAGAAUCCAACCACUUCUGGGAAAUACAAAUAGUCCGGGUAGCCAUUUGAUCCUUGGUGCCCUCUUCACGACUGUCUUGGUGUGUUUGGACCAUGAUAGUUUGUUGGUGAUGUGGACACCAAGGAACUUGAAGCUCUCAACCUGCUCCACUACAGCCUCGUCGAUGAGAAUGGGGUAAUGCUCGGUCCUCCUUUUCCUGUAGUCCACAAUCAUCUCCUUUGUCUUCAUCAUGCUGAGGUAGAGGUUGUUAUCCUGGCACCACACAGCCAAGUCUCUGACCUCCUCCCUAUAGGCUGUCUCAUCGUUGUCGGUGAUCAGGCCUACCACUGUUGUGUCGUCGGCAAACUUAAUGAUGGUGUUGGAGUCAUGCCUGGCCAUGCAGUCAUGGGUGAACAGGGAGUACAGGAGGGGACUGAGCACGCACCCCUGAGGGGCCCCCGUGUUGAGGAUCAGCGUGGCAGAUGUGUUGUUACCUACCUUUACCACCUGGGGGCAGCCUGUCAGGAAGUCCAGGAUCCAGUUGCAGAGGGAGGUGUUUAGUCCCAGGGUCCUUAGCUUAGUGAUGAGCUUUGAGGGCACUAUGGUGUUGAACGCUGAGCUGUAGUCAAUGGCAUUCUCACGUAGGUGUUCCUUUUGUCCAGGUGGGAAAGGGCAGUGUGGAGUGCAAUAGAGAUUGCAUCAUCUGUGGAUCUGUUUGAAAGGGCGGUAUGCAAAUUGGAGUGGGUCCAGGUUUUCUGGGAUGAUGGUGUUGAUGUGAGCCAUGACCAGCCUUUCAAAGCACUUCAUGGCUACAGACGUGAGUGCUACGGGUCAGUAGUCAUUUAGGCAGGUUACCUGGGUGUUCUUGGGCACAGGGACUAUGGUGGUCUGCUUGAAACAUGUUGGUAUUACAGACUCAGACAGGGAGAGGUUGAAAAUGUCAGUGAAGACGCUUGCCAGUUGGUCAGCGCAUGCUCGGAGUACACGUCCUGGUAAUCUGUCUGGCCCUGCGGCCUUGUGAAUGUUGACCUGUUUAAAGGUCUUACUCACAUUGGCUAUGGAGAGCGUGAUCACACAGUCGUCCGGAACAGCUGAUGCUCUCAUGCAUGCUUCAGUGUUGCUUGCCUUGAAGCGAGCAUAGAAGUAAUUUAGCUCGUCUGGUAGGCUCAUGUCACUGGGUAGCUCGCGGCUGUGCUUCCCUUUGUAGCCCUGCCACAUCUGACGAGCGUCGGAGCCGGUAUGGUAUGGUUAAAUCUUAGUCCUGUGUUGACGCUUUGCAUGUUUGAUGGUUCGUCGGAGGGCAUAGCAGGAUUUCUUAUAAGCUUCUGGGUUAGAGUCUCGCUCCUUGAAAGCGUUAGCUCUACCCUUUAGCUCAGUGCGGAUGUUGCCUGUAAUCCAUGGCUUCUGGUUGGGGUAUGUACGUACGGUCACUUUGGGGUCAACGUCAUCGAUGCACUUAUUGAUGAAGCCAGUGACUGAUGUGGUGUACUCCUCAAUGCCAUCGGAAGAAUCCCGGAACAUAUUCCAGUCUGUGCUAGCAAAACAGUCCUGUAGCUUAGCAUCUGCGUCAUCUGACCACUUCUGUAUUGAGCGAGUCACUGGUACUUCCUGCUUUAGUUUUUGCUUGUAAGCAGGAAUCAGGAGGAUAGAAUUCUGGUCAGAUUUGCCAAAUGGAGGGCGAGGGAGAGCUUUGUACGCGUCUCUGUGUGUGGAGUAAAGGUGGUCUAGAGUUUUUUUCCUCUGGUUGCACAUUUAACAUGCUGGUAGAAAUUUGGUAAAACGGAUUUAAGUUUCCCUGCAUUAAAGUCCCCGAACACUAGGAGCGCCGCCUCUAGAUGAGCAUUUUCUUGUUUGCUUAUGGCCUUAUACAGCUCGUAGAGUGCGGUCUUAGUGCCAGCAUCGGUUUGUGGCGGUAAAUGGACAGCUACGAAAAAUAUAGAUGAAAACUCUCUUGGUAAAUAGUGUGGUCUACAGCUUAUCAUGAGAUACUGUGCCUCAGGCGAGCAAAACCUUGAGACUUCCUUAAUAUUAGAUUUCGUGCACCAGCUGUUAUUAACAAAUAUACACAGACUGCCACCCCUAGUCUUACCGGAGGCAGCUGUUCUAUCUUUUUUUGUUUUUUAUGUUGUUUUUUUAGGGGGUAGAUCAGCUUUAAUAUUUCAGAUAGAUUGUAACUUCCAUCAAUGUAAUUGUCUGCAUCACUUCCAAUCCCCCAUAUGUUUUUUUCUCUCGCAAAUAUAUAUAUACAUACAUACAUACAUCCAUACACACACACAUAUCCUUUUUAAAAUUAUAUUUCCCUUCAUUACGUUCCAACCCCACCACCCCUUCCCCAAUUGGAGUAAACUAGUGAACAACAAUGCUUAGGCCUCUACUUCCAGCCCAUACAUACUAUAUAUAUUUUAUGGACACAGUCAAAUUCUACAAUAAUUAUAUUUUGUUUGUUUUUACUCCUGAACUUCCUCCGAUCAUUUUCAUGAUGUCCAUCUGGUUUGCUUAUAAAAUGCCAUUUAGCAGACGCUUUUAUCCAAAGCAACUUACAGUCAUGCGUGCAUACAUUUUUUUGUGUAUGGAUGGUCCCGGGGAUCGAACCCACUACCUUGGCGUUACAAGCACCGUGCUCUACCAGCUGAGCUACAGAGGACCACGGAAGAAUCCCGGAACAUAUUCUUCUAUAUGCCACAUAUGCCAUAUUUUUCUAACUGUGCUCUUUCACAAAAGCUCUCAACCUAUAACCUGUAUACUUAUUAUGGACACAGUAUGCUUUACAUUAGUUAUCUUGUUGUUAUUAGUCCCAUCCUUCAGCUCCAUUCAACACCUCCCAUCUAUUUCUUAACACCAUCCAUAUUGGAUAUCUAUUUGCCAAUUCACUAACUAGAUAGCCAAUUCACCACAUAUCGUGUAUCCUGGCUAGUUAUGUCGAUAGUUAACUAUUUAGCUAUUAGCAUGUAUUAAUGUCUUUGUCAAAUCCGAUGUCCCUAAAAACUUUCCACUGGCACACUGCAAAUGGCCGACAUGCAGUUGAUGAAUGGGUGCCUUAAAGGGGCACUGUUGUAUUUUGAGACAGUAUUGAAUCUGCAAAGAAGCCAAUAGGCAGACGGUAGCCUACAUUUUUGUCAGAUUUUCUGUAUGCUAAUAGGCAUAAUAAUGAUAAUAAUACAUUUUAUUUUGUAAAGUGGUUCCUUGCAUCAUACAACACUAUUUCCAGUUACCUUUUUGUCCCAUUGUGUUACAGACCAAGUGACUUGAGCUUUCGGACAAGUAAAAAAUCAGUCCUACUUUUCCGAAGGACAAGUUAGUGUCCUGCACACACACACACUCUCACUCACUCACGCACACGCUCGCUCGCACGCAUACACACACACACACACACACACACACACACACACACACACACACACACACAAGCACUCUUUCUCUCGCUUCCUCUCUCUCUGUCUCUCUCUCUCACUAAUAUAUUUCCCUACUCACACCUACAGGUUGUUGAUGGAACACCCUGUUCUCCCGACACCUCUGCAGUGUGUGUCCAAGGUAAAUGUAUCAAGGCGGGCUGCGACGGCAAGCUCAGCUCCAAUAAGAAGUAUGACAAGUGUGGUGUGUGUGGAGGGGACAACCAAAGCUGCAAGAAAGUGUCCGGAUUGUUCACCAAACCCAUGUAAGUGACCAGCACACAGUAUGCUGUUCUCAGUGCAUGCAAGAAUCUGGUACUUUAUGUCACCAUAAUUUAUGUCACCAUAUUUUUUUCAGACAUGGCUACAACUUUGUGGUGAUGUUGCCCGUGGGAGCGUCCAACAUCGACAUCCGACAGCGUGGCUACAGGGGCUUGGUUAACGACAACAACUACCUAGCGGUGAAGAACCAACACGGCAAAUACCUUCUGAACGGGAACUACGUGGUGUCAGCGGUGGAGCGGGACAUCAUUGUGAAGGGCAGCCUGCUGCGCUACAGCGGCACCACUAGUGCUGUGGAGAUCCUCCAGGCCACCAGGCCUCUCCAGGAAGCCCUGACCGUGGAGGUCCUCUCGGUGGGGAAGAUGACCCCGCCCCGGGUCCGCUACUCCUUCUACCUGGCCCGGGAGCACCACAAGGAGGUGAAGAUCCUGAAGAAAGUGGAGAGGAGCCACUCGCAGAACAGCGUCCUGAUGGACAGCAACAAGGUGGAGCUGAAGGGGCCAUCGCACAAGUCCAUGCCCCCAAACAUGUGGUCGACGGGGGCCUGGGAAGAGUGCACCGUGACCUGUGGGAACGGGCUCCAGAGUAGACUGGUUCAGUGUACGGACCCAGAGGGCAAAACAGCCACGGACUGUGACGGCUUACAGAGGCCGGGUGCCACCAGGGUAUGUGGGGACCCCUGUCCCAUGUGGGACAUAGGCCAGUGGUCUUUGUGCUCCAAGACAUGUGGGAGGGGCUUCAAACGGCGGCCGCUGCGUUGCACCACUCAGACUGGCAUGCACCUACCCAGAGAGCACUGCUCUGGCAUGAAGAAGCCACAGGAACUAGAUUUCUGCACAGUGCAGUCAUGUUAGAGAAGUUCUAGGUCUGCUGAUUCUUUGUGUUGUUCCAGUGAUGCUCUUGAAAAGAAAACCCAUUCGCUGUCCUAUUGGGUUCUGACGGACUCCCGUAGUGCAUGGCAUUGUUGUGAUGACGAAAUGGUAUUUGAAACAGCUAAGGGAAAGCAAGUGGUAGAGGUACAAACUGUGGGACAAUUUCAGUUGAGUUGGAGUUACUGGCAGUGCCCGAAUACUCGUACUUGUGUCCUAAAUAGUAGGGUUUUUGAGUAUGCGAAAAUAGAACGUUUUAUUGUAUGUGACAUUUCAAAUAUUGAGUGUUUUUAAUGCCAGGAUGCCAUACUUCUUUCAGCUUUUAAUAUAAUAUGAAUACGCUGCACACUAUUGAGGAAGAUUAUUGUGUUUAUUAGAUCCACAUGUGUUUGACAACAGCUGAUAAUC